AUGCUUGCUCACAAAAGUAUUGAACUUGUCUUGCCCUACCAUCUUUUGAUCUUGAUAAUCAACAACCUAAACCAGUCUGAUCUAAUCAGUUUAUCAAAGACAAACAGGUUCUUUAAUCAGAUAUCAAACCAAAAGCUCUACAAAAACAUCCAUAUUCAAGACUUCAAACUACUCUUCCCUUCAAAUGAUAACCACAACCACAACAAUUUCACAAACCAUUGGACCUAUUUCCCAAUCAUCUACAAAUCAACGUCCUAUUACUCCGAGCUUUUCUUGAAUAACGUCAAUAACAACCAGAAAAGAUUAACAAACUCUCCAAUUUUCAACAACAAUACCUCCAACAACGACAACAUUUCUCCCUCUUUUUCUCCUUCUUAUAAUGAUUUGUUCAAAAACUACGAGCUCAACAGAUUGAACCAGUUCAAAUCUAUUCUUCUCAGCCUUAUAUCCUCCCUAUCGAAAAACAAAAAACUAUUCACCUAUAUCAAAAAAAUAUCAAUCAACAUCGACUUUGAUCUCCUCUACGAUGGCAAUCUAAUCAAAUUCUACGUCCAACUAUCAAAAAUCAUUCUAUUCAAAAUCUUGUUAAACUCCUUCAACUUGUCUGAGAUCCAAUUCUCAAACUCAAAAUCACAACUAAUCUUUAAAAAGUUGUUCAAUUUUUUCAUCACCACCACCAAUAAUAAUAAUAAUAAUAAUAAUAUCCAGUUGCCGGAAAUUUUGAAAAAUUUCUUACUUUACUCAAAUUCAAUCUUAAUCGACCAGAAUUACUUGUCCAAUUUCAACAAAUCCCUAAAUAUCUACAACUCAAUCCACUCCUCCUACUUUGAUUACAAGAACUUGAAAAAUGUUAACAUCUUUGGUAUCCCCAUCAUCGAAUCCCCCUUAUACUAUGAAAACACCCUAAAGUUACUAGACCUUCACAGAAUCUUGAACAAAAAGAACGAUAAUAUCUCAAUCAGUGUAUUCUUUGAUGACAGUAACAUUAUCAACAUUAAUGAAAAUGAAAACGAAAACGAAAACGAAAACGAUGACAAUAAUCCAAAUACAAAUCUUACCACAGCUAAUAAUAAUGAACCGUUCGAUAUUGAACAACAUAUCCAAAAUACAAUUGUAAACCCAAAUUCAAAUUCAAAUUCAAAUUCAAACAAAAACUCUCUUUACUCUUCAAUCUUAUCAAAAUCAAAUUUCAUUAAAUCCUUCAUUAGCUAUCCCUCCAUUAAAAAACUCAGCUUUUUCGUUCAUGAUACCAACUAUUAUGACAAUUUAUUCACUCUCCUAUUGAAAAAUGAUACCACCACUAACAACAACAACAAUAACAAAUAUAUUUUCACAAAUUUAGAAGAAUUUCACAUGAGAGGUAUUCAAAUUUCAAAUUCAAAUCUAAUCAACAAAAUCUUCCAAUUUUCCUUUGAAUACUUGCCAAAUAUUCACUUGAUUUCCCUAUAUUUUAGUAACCCAAAUCCCAUUCUAGACUUUAACACAAACAAUCUCAUUUAUCAAACCACCACCGCCGCCACUACUACUACUACUACUACUACUACUACUACUACUAACAAUCAGUCCAUUUUUGGAGAAAUUAUCAACUGUUUGAACAACUUCUUCAAAAAUCGCCAAAAUCACACUCUAAACAUAUCAAAAUUAAAGUAUUUUUAUCUUAACGGUUACUUUUCAAGGUACAUGUUUCAAUAUCUAAUGAUUGAAUAUGUUUCCAUUUUACAUAAAAACAUUUCCUUUCAAGAAAAAUUAAAAUUGUUAAAUGAAAAGCAAAUCAACUACUGCCAAUGCCAAUCUUGUUUAAAUUUCUUGAAAAAAAUUGAAAAGUUUCUAAUCAAAGAUGAAAUCAAUGCUAAUAAUAAUAAUAAUAACAAUAACAAUAAAAACCAAUCAAACUGCGAAUUAAACGAUUGUGCAUGCAAUGACAACUGCAACAAAUAUGAUAAUGUCGAUGAUAAAAAUAACGAUAACAACACCAAAGGUUAUUUUAAAGAUGUAUUUCGUAAUGGUAUUUUAUCUCAAUCAAUCUUGAGAAAUAGACUCCGAUUAAUGAGACAAAGAAGGCUUUUAGCCCAAAAUAAUCAGCCUAAUGAUAACGAAAACUACGAUGAAUUGGACGAGAUUAAUCAAAGAAAACAAAUUAAAUACAUAAAAAAUAACGAGUUUUUGAAUUUUUACAAAAAUUUGUUUGAUAAAUUCACCGAUACAGGAAUUUCAAAAAAUAUUAAUAAAAUCAAUACGAGUUUAAACAAUGAGAAUUCAUAUUACAAUGAGGUUUAUCAAGAUAAAUCGUUUAAUUUGAAUUAUAAAUAUUAUCUUGAUAUUAAUAAGCAUGAGUCCAAGUAUUUUAACUCUGAUUCAUUUAAUGAGUUGAAUGAGGAAGUUUUAAAUAAUGAAUAUUUAACAUUUAAUUUACAUUAUAUCAAACAAUUGACAAAUUCAAUUUUACAAUUUCCAGAUUUUCGAAAUUUGAAUCAAUUAGUGGUUGAAGGUUUGCCAUAUAUUGUUAAUAAAAAUGACCAAGAAGAGGUAAUUAAGUCAGCAUUUAAAAUUGAAAAAUUUGAUAAAGAAAUCAAUGAAAGAGAUUUGAUUGGGAAUAUUCAAUCAGAUCAAGAGAAGCACAUUAUUGAAGAAGAACAAUACGAUGAAGAUGUUUUAAAAGUUACAUCUAAUUGUAAGAAUGCUAGAGCGUUUAUUAGAGAAUUUUUAUCGCAAUGA